CAAAAACAACUCUCCUCUCCAGAGCCGCCGGCGAGCUCUGCGGCGCAACCUCAUUUGCAGCGAAGGAGCCGGCCGGUUUCUGUGCAGGCUUUGGGGGGGGGGGGGACCCCCUUCCUGCACGCCAGAGCUGAGGGGGGUCUGCAGCUUUCUCCUCUUGAAGCUGACACGUUGCCUUUCAGCGACAGCUGUGAGUGCUGAGGGCCGGGGUGACCGCCUCCCCCUGUCCCCGAGAGGACGGACUCGCGCCCCCAAGUCCCCAGCUGGACCUUGGGAAAGCUCCCUAGAAGACAUGCAUUGUCCCCACUGCUGACCCGAGUCGCUCAGGCUCGGCGCGCGCCACCCGAGUAAAGGUGCCUAUGAACGAUACGCGGGAAAGCGUCCCCGCAGCGCCUGUGAGCGCAGGAGUGUACUCUGCGUGUCGUCGAAGUAGUUGGGUGACAACUGCACCUUCCCGUGGCCGCGUCCCCGAGGAGGAGCCGGCUCUUCCCCGCAAACCUGCCCGGGGCGGCGCCGCGGCGGAGGCAGUCUGCGAACUCUGAUCCCUCGGCGCAGAGCACGGGGACCCCGGGGAUUCCAGAUCUGUGGUUUUCCUCUCUCUCUGGCCGACCUGCUUGGGUGCCAAGUUCUACACAUGACUUAACGAGGAAGAAGGAAAUGUCAGUAAAGAAAAGGAUCCAGGAUGGUUACUGACCUAUGACUCCCAACAGCAUGACAGAAAAUGGCCUUCCAGCCUGGGACAAGCCGAAGCCCUGUCCCAACCGAGGGCAGGACUGGAAGCUCGUAGGAAUGUCGGAAGCCUGCCUGCAAAGGAAGAACCAUGAGGACAGGCGCGGCUCCCUGAAGAGUGAGCAGACGUCCCCUCACCUCCUCCCGGCCACCUGGACUAGCUCUAUAUUCCACCUAGACCACGAUGAGGUGGCUGAUCACAACGUCUCCAGUGCCCAGGCCUUCCAGACAGAGGAGAAGAAGUGUAAAGGGUACAUCCCCAGCUACCUAGACAAGGAUGAGCUGUGUGUGGUGUGCGGCGACAAAGCCACAGGCUACCACUACCGCUGCAUCACAUGUGAAGGCUGCAAGGGUUUCUUUAGAAGAACCAUUCAGAAGAACCUCCACCCAUCGUAUUCCUGUAAAUAUGAAGGAAAGUGUGUCAUAGACAAAGUCACACGGAAUCAGUGCCAGGAGUGUCGUUUUAAGAAAUGCAUCUACGUUGGCAUGGCAACAGAUUUGGUGCUGGAUGACAGCAAGAGGCUGGCCAAGCGAAAGCUGAUCGAGGAGAACCGGGAGAAGAGGCGGCGGGAGGAGCUGCAGAAGUCCAUCGGGCACAAGCCGGAGCCCACGGAUGAGGAAUGGGAGCUCAUCAAGACGGUCACCGAGGCACACGUGGCCACCAACGCACAGGGAAGCCACUGGAAGCAGAAGCGGAAAUUCCUGCCAGAAGACAUAGGACAAGCACCCAUUGUGAAUGCCCCAGAAGGCGGCAAGGUCGACUUGGAAGCCUUCAGCCAUUUCACCAAGAUCAUCACACCAGCAAUCACCAGAGUGGUGGAUUUUGCCAAAAAGCUGCCUAUGUUUUGUGAGCUGCCCUGUGAAGACCAGAUCAUCCUGCUCAAAGGCUGCUGCAUGGAGAUCAUGUCCCUUCGUGCUGCCGUGCGCUACGACCCAGAGAGCGAGACUCUGACCUUGAACGGGGAAAUGGCAGUGACCCGGGGCCAGCUGAAAAACGGGGGUCUUGGGGUGGUUUCAGAUGCCAUCUUCGACCUGGGCAUGUCUCUGUCAUCUUUCAACCUGGAUGACACAGAAGUCGCCCUCCUGCAGGCCGUCUUACUCAUGUCGUCAGAUCGCCCAGGGCUCGCCUGUGUUGAGAGAAUAGAGAAAUACCAAGAUAGUUUCCUGCUGGCCUUUGAACACUAUAUCAAUUACCGGAAACACCACGUGACACACUUUUGGCCAAAACUUCUGAUGAAGGUGACGGACCUGAGGAUGAUAGGAGCCUGCCACGCCAGCCGCUUCCUCCACAUGAAGGUGGAGUGUCCCACGGAGCUCUUCCCCCCUCUCUUCCUGGAAGUGUUUGAGGAUUAGGCGGACUCAUUCCUUCCCAAAAUUCCUGCAGCUCUACUGGGUGUCCAUUCAUUCCACCUCCUCCCUCUCAUGUUGUUUGUUUCUUUGUUUCUUUGUGUCGGGAGGGGUCAUCUGGGGUCAACUGGGGUCAUCCUUGGCAUAGACAGGGAUGACGUUGUUCCCUCGAAUGCGGGUACAUGUAACUAUUGCCUUUUGUUCUCAGUCCUUGGUGUGAGCGCUUUGCAGGGUUCGCAGCAGUGGAGGUGGGGUGGGGGACAAUCAUGAUCUCACCAGCACCAAGCCAUCACCAGCUCCCACCUGUCCCUGGUCAGAGACGCGAGUAAGCCAAAUGGCACUGUAGAAGACUAAAGAAGCCUUAAAACUAAGACCAUUCGGUCACCCUGAUCCAAUCCCAACGUUGCAGGGUGGAGGUUAGCGCAGCACGGAACACAUAGGUGGCUUUCAGCUUGGUAGGGACGUGCCAACAGGUGCCCCUCUCUGCAGGAGCAUGCUGUUGUCUGCCUGCAUUCUCCCCAAGCAGUGUGACUUGGAGUGUACUGGAAUAUUUGUACCCUGACAAAUCAGCUAUCCUUUCAAUAGUGUUUUGUAAUCUUGUGAUUUAUGGCUCAAAGACAUGCAAGUAUUUGACUGAUUUGAGGCCACAAAGGAGAAAAGAUUCUUCAGUAAGCCCAAAGAAAUUGAAAAUCUUCACCAAUGUUAGUGUAACUGUAACGUCCAAAAGCUCACAUGGGAUUGCCUCACAGCAGCAGGAAGGUGUCCUCACCACUUAGACAACGUACAGGUCAUUCCCACAGAGCUCAAACCUAUAUCACAGAUGCCAUCCCUCUUUGGUGGCAUUUGGUGGGUCCUCUCCCAGACCCUGGAGAUAUUUAUCCAGGCUGCAUCUCUAUCAAGCUGACCACAGACUUCCUAAUGGAUCCAAUCUUCUAAGCAAGAAGAGAUCCGCAGGUCAAACUGGAGACUUGGGCAGAAACGGUGUGGGGUGCCCUGGGUUCAUAGAUGUACAGUAGUGGGAAGGGGGAUUCUUCUGGUCUUAGAUGCACCUCAAGCUCCUUGCUUUAUCCACAGAUUUUCCAAGUUCUCGCCACCCCCCCGACUCAAUCUAAACAUGCCUGGUCCUACCACUAACUUCCCGUGGCUUUCAUAGCAAUACCCUGGCAGAAACUCAACACAAGUCACCUUCAGACCAUGUCCACUCUUGUUUCUUCACGACCCAACCUGCCCCCAAUGGCCAGAAUACCAGUGGUGACAUCUCAUCACUUCAACAUCUGAAAAACGGGCCGAGAGUGUGUUCAUGCAAUGAAUGUAUCCCAUCCUCACAGGCACGGUAGACCAAUGAUCCCUCUGCCUGCCUCUUAAUGCCUUAUCCUGGAAUGUUGGGGAAAAUAAGCCAUAUUAGUGAGUUUACCUUCAAAACAAAAGUGAAAGUCACUGUGAAACCCAUGUGAACUAAUUAUUUUCCUUGGGUUUGGUGGAGCACAGCUGGCCAAGCUAGAAGUCAGGGUGCCUGGGUUCUACUUUGUACACUGUUCGCUGGUCGAUUUAGGACCUUAGGUCUUGGUUUUCUUACCUGGUGUAUAAAGUCAUGAUCUCUAAAAUCCUUCUGACCCUCAGUAUUGUAUGAAUUUCCAGUAGGGAGAGGAUGUGUUUUUUUUUUCAAUUAUUUAUUUCUUUAUCUAACUUGUAGCUGUAUUAGACAAAAGGUAUGGCCCAUUAGCAGUCAUGGAACAUAUAUUUGAUUUGGUUCAAAAUAAGAAUUUGGAACAACACUGGUCAACCGCUCAGAGGAAGUCAAUGUAGCCUUGGAAAAGGAGAACAGCACUGAAGAUCCCAAGAAUGACUGGAAAUGAUCUGGGAGAAAGGGGUGAUGUUUGUGAUGCAAUGACUUUUGAGCAAAGGGGAGAAAACAUGUCCCCGUGGAGCCUGGUGACGAGAUUAUGUGAGAAGCAAGAGGUACGUAGACAGGGUUCUCUGCACAUGGCUAUGUCGGGGUCAGGCAGCCUCCAGCCAAGCCCCUCUCUCACUACCCCCCCCCCAUGACUCUUGUGGAGACAGUGAACCGCAGCCUCCUCUCUUACCCCAGGGAAGCUGAGAACCUGCCUUGAGAACAUCUCCUUCCAAGGGGAAAGAAAGAGGGAGAAGCAAGCAGGUGGGGUGUCGGCAGGCUCACCGAUGCCUGGGGCAUCCAGUUGUCUGACAGAUCUUGACAUCCGACACCCCAGCUCUACUGUUAGUGUAGAAUGUGCCGUUGACCUUGAGCUCGGGAUGAGCCACCUUGAGCACUGGCCAAGCUCUACAGUGUCCACCAACAUCCAGCCAGGCCCUCACCACACUCCUCAGCUCCUUAAAGGAUCACUCUCAGACCUUUGUCUAGCGGUCAUGUUGAAGGUUGUCUAUGCUGGGGGGGGACAAAAAAAGAGCAUUAGACUAAACUUGAUCCUUGGAAACUGGCUGGGCCCUGGGAACAUUCCAAACUCCAUCUCAUGAAGCUUGUGGUGAGGUGAUUUGCUCCCAACUUUAAAAAAAAAAAAAAAAAAAUUUUUUUGAUGUAAUUGGUCCAGACUUUCAAAUCAAGUAUGGACCUAGUCGAAAGAACCUUCACAUCUACCCACCAUGGGGAGACAUUCUGCCAAGGACAGCGCCCAUCCCACUGGGAUGCUAACGUACCAAGCACUCACUGGUAGAGAUGAGAGGGCAGUACACCUGCCACGUGUGUGUGUGUGUGUGUGUGUGUGUGUGUGUGUGUGUGUGUGUAUGUGUUUGUGCCCUCAAGUGUGCUGUUUUGCUCUUCAACAUCAACGUGCAGAACUUCCAGAAACUGGAAAACAGUACUAAUCGCUUUCCUUCUUGAUGAUUGUACUGAAAACACCACAUGCCGCCUCACAGCUUUGUUUGGUCAAAUAAGCCCCAAUCCUCCAUGAUAUAUGCUUGCCGUGUUGACACCUCAGGCCAGCACCACCCCCGCCUGAGGCCCAAGUGCCACCUCUGUGGGCAGUGUGACCACCAGGAGCCACCAGGGUGGCUCUGCUCCCGCACUGUCCUUACAGCCGCAAGCCCGCCAGCAGGCGCCCAGGCCUUGGCCCACUCCACACUCGGCCCCUCCCUGACCCAAGCCUACUGAGCCACCAUCCUCAGAGCAUGUCACUGUCCGUGAGAUCUGUGGACCUCAACGCUACUCGUGUCAUUAUGACCUUGUGCUGCAUGAGUCAUUGUGAAGUCGGUCUCAAUGAUUUUUGAAAUGUAGCCAGCAUUUGUAAGGCUAAACCUUUUUCAUGAACUUCUAUGAAUAAGUAAGGCCCGGCCUUUCCUCUAAAGAAGUGACAAGACGUUGGAAUCUCUUUACCAUUUCUUAAUGGCAAUGACAGCAGGUCCUACAAUCAGCUCAAAGAGUUUCCUGUUAUUUUAAUAAUAUGGAAAUAGUAGCAUAGUGUUUCUUUUGAUAGUGACAGACUGACCCAUAUUUAAAUUUUAUAGAGAAGAAAUUUUAUUGUACUGUGAUGUAGAUAUUUAUUAUCCAGGUAAGGAUUUGCCCGGUGUGUAUUUUUUACAAUUGAAAGUCUUUACUUUAAUCUUUAAAAAAAAUACAUUAAACAUAUACACACACACACACAAAAAAAAAAAAAAAAGACUAGGGAGAAAAAAAAAAAGGUUUGGCCUUAUCACAGAAUUUUUACUGUGUUGUAUACAUGUUUGCAAAUGCAAAACUAGUGUUUCCACGUGAAAUAAUGCCUCCAAGAGCAGUAUCGCGCAGGUACAGGCUGUGUGUGACUUUCUGUUGCAGUUAAAGCUGACCCGCCUUAUGCACAAGACAAUCAAGCACUCACUUGUCCUCUGUGGCUGCAGACAGUACUACUAAGCUACGGAGCGCAGCGCAAGACAGAAAAGGCUUGGCACAUGCGCAAUCCACAGGACCACCAGGGCACGGUGAGCCGGCACAGCUUUAUGCCAUUUCCUUCCUUGGAUUCUUCCUUGCGACCCUGGCAUCUUCCCCUUGAGGUCAUAUAGCCAAAUCAGGUCUCAAUGCUCUUUUCAGAGAAGACACUCUUUUCCAUGUUUUUAUGCCCUGAGAAUCAGAAAACUGGUACAGAAUACAGAGAUUUACGGACAGUAGAAGAUAUGUGUUUUGCAAACAGUGUUAAGUGAUAUUGCUAGAUUAGUAAUAUUUUUUCAGCCUAAAAUUGUUGAAAUCUGUGAUCAAAAUGUUUUAAAACUAUCCAAAAGGAAAAUUUGUAUAUUUGGGAAAAUGGAUUUUUACAUAGCUUUUGUAUGCAGAUAUUAAAUUGUAAUUAUGAACAUAGUGGGCGUAGAUACUCGGAAGCUUACAUUCUGAAAAAGAAAAAGCUUAUAACGGA